AUGUUCAAAAGUAUUAUAAUACCUAGUGGUAGAGCUAGAUUGAUAAAUCAAUGUAUUGUAUCACAUAAUAACAAUCAUAUUAGAAGUCUAACGUCCAUAACCAAAUUCGAUACUAAAAAGUUUGUUCAAUCAUUAGAACAAAAGGGAGGAUUUACUAAACAAGAGGCAGAGACUGCAGUUAAUAUUGUCAAUAAAGCUAUAAAUGAUGGGAUAUAUUCUAUAACUAGGAAUUUAGUUACUAAGGAAGUUUUAUCGUCAACUGCAUAUCAACAAAAAGUUGAUUUUGCUAAAUUAAAGGGAGAACUUCAAACUAUGGAUAAAUCUGAAUUAACUGAUUUAAAGAAAGAACAAGAGAAAUUAAGAACUGAUUUAACUAAUUUAAGGAAUCGAUUAAAAGAAGAAAUUACAAAGAAUCAAGCAGGUGUAAGAUUGGAUUUGAAUUUAGAAAAGGGAAGAAUAAGAGAAGAAAGUUCUAUUCAUGAACUGAAAAUCGAAGAUACUUAUACUAGAAUUGAUGAAGAGAUUGCUAAUAUGCAAAUGCAAAUUAAAUCAGUAAAGACUCAAGUUAUGCAAUGGUUAAUUGGGGUUUCAUCUGGUACAUUUGCUUUAUUAUUAGCAUUCAUUAGAUUUUUUGGUUAA